AUGUAAUAUAAUAAUAGUCAAAAUCUGUGCAUAAUAAUAUUCCAAAUAAUGUUUAGAUUAAUCAUAAAUAUAACAAUACGUUUAAUAAAAUGGUUGUUUUUAUUAUGCAUAUUAAUAUUUUUAAAAUGAAGUUCAAUGGUGCAGAGUGUUCAAGCAGCGACCCAAUUGGACGUGUUGUGGGUUAGUAGGCUGGAGUCCACGCAGACAAGUGGAGCAGUCCCGUGUCGGCUCCGUGGGCACACUUCUCCGUGUCACGUGUAGCUGCUCUUUGUAAAGGUUAACGCGGCUGUGCGGUCCUCCGGCUGCGUUAACCCUUCAGUCGCCGCCUGAGAAGCGUGUCAGUAAGACAUGACCGAGCCGUGAAUGCGUCCUUUGCGGAUUUGGAUACUGAUUUUUGUAUUUUUUGUGGCUUAUUUAAGAAGAAGAUGGUGACGCGUGUAGAAUGGGCAGGUUCACCGGCUUUGGAUGUCGCAAGCUUUUAAUCUCUCCAUCAGCCGUGGAAAGAACAGAGGGAGAGCGAGCGAGCGAGCGAGCGAGCGAACGUUCCCCAAGAGACUGACGCACCAAGAUUCAUUGACUGCAAUACGUGAAUGGACGCUGAGCCCAAAGCUACAAGUGAAUAAAUGAGGGUUGCAAAUGCUGAGCUCCAACUCUUCCUGAUCUUCUUGGCUAAUUUGGACACUUGAGUCCUGGACUUGCAAUAAAACAGACUGAUCAAGAUCCCGGAGAACAUCUGGAAAAAGGUGUUCUUCAUCCUAAUCGCUGACUUUGUUGUUUUGUCCGGUCAACAUUUCAAACUGGCUACCACAAGAAAAGAAUGGAGAAUCUAACUUCAGCCCUCAAAAACUCAGGAAGUAACAUAAACUGCCUUGAGACCUUCAGCGGUUAUGAAGAGUCUCUACCCCCUCUCCAAGGGACUCCGACUCGCCUGGGCCGCAUCAUCAAACCCAAACCCAAUGCAACCUGCAGGCGAAAGCGGGAGUUCAUUUCGGAUGAGAAGAAAGACGCUUCCUAUUGGGAGAAACGGCGCAAGAACAACGAGGCGGCCAAGCGCUCCCGUGAGAAGAGGCGUCUCAAUGACAUGGUUUUGGAGAACCGUGUCAUUGCACUGAACGAUGAGAAUGUUAGGCUCAAGACCGAGCUGCUCCAACUGAAGCUGCGCUUCGGCCUUAUAAGCACCGCCUCUUACAUCGAAAAGAGCCAGCAGAUCAGCGUGACGGGCAAUAGCACAGGAAACGGAGGAUCCUCCUCUUCGUCGUCGUCCUCCACUCAGUACUACUCCAGCGGGUACUCCAGCAGCUCUCAGGUGAUGAUGAACUCUGACUCCUCUGAAACCGAGCAGUCCGGACGCAGCGACGGACACAGGCAGUUGGUGAAAUACUCCCCGCGCGGUUCCCUGUCUGACAUGUCUGACGGCUCCUCCAGAGAUAGCCCCGAGCCAAUUCCCUUCGAGAUCAAGCAAGAAGGCGACAGACUGGAGAUGGAUAUCACCAAUGGCACCACGACUCAGAUCAUGUUCAACAUCCACCGUGGUCUGGCGUCGGUACCCACUCAUCACCAGCUCCAGCAGCAUUCUCAGGAGAUGGAGGCUGCUUAUCACAGCCAGCAACAGCAGCAGCACCAUCUUCACCAUCAGGAGCCUGCUCCGACUAUCGCAAACCAGCCCGCUCCUCAACCGCCUGCUGCGCAGAGGAGUGUCAUUCUCUACGGCUCGAGCAGUGCCUCGUACCCCGUGGACGGCUUGACAAGAUCCCAGGAUAUCGACGUGCAAAAGCAGAGCGGCGGCAGCAGCCAGCAGUGUGUCAGCCGACAACCCCACUCCUUUGUAGAGAGCUCCACAGAGACUCUCACGGAGGUGACAAAACAGCUGGAGAGGAAAACAUUGGACUCUCCUCCGUACGAGCUCGCAGGCAGCCAGAAUGAAGCUGGAGAGAGACAAGUGUACAAAGUCUGCCGGCAGAAUCUGCCGGAGCAGCAAGAAGCCGUUUUGUCCACGGAGGUUAUCCACAGACAAGUGGAGGAAGUCAGCCAUCCCCACCUGUAUCACCACCAGCCUCAUCCUUCGUACCUCAGUGCCCAAGACGAGGAGCCCCCGGUUCUCGCCUACGAGGGUGAGCUUCCUAAUGAGGCUUACUACCAAGUCCAGUCAAGUUCCUCUGGUAAAGACACCUCAUCUAGCGACGGGGAUCCAAGGAGCUCUGACAAAGAGGCGUCUACCGACGAUGAAGAGUCUCCGUCGUUGUCGUCCUGCUCAGAUCUGGGCAACUACCCCAACCGACAUCUCAACAGCAUCCACCAGCCGGCCUCCCCUCAAACAUCAUCCCAGAGCUGCUCUCAAGCCCAGGGCCAGGGCCGGGACCACCAAGGAGAAGUGAAGGGCACAGCAUUACCCCACAAACUCAGACUCAAACACCGGGCCAUGAGCUCCGGAACCACUGGAGGCCAUUGCUCUGGCCAGGAGUCCCCGACCACCCCUCCCUCUGCCACGCCGCCACCCCUCCCGCAGCACCCUUAUUUAUCCCUGUCGCCACAGCAGAACAUUAAGAGCCUGAGCCCAGACGUGGCGUCCAAACUGGCAGCAUCAGAGGGGGAGGGCAAGAGGAGAGAGAACGGAAAAAAGGAGACAGGUGGACGACGGAACAAGAGGCGAGAUUAGGCGAUAUGGAAUUUGGUGACAGCUACGUAUUCUCCAGUGCUCUUUAAAGUAAAGACAAUUGCUCCCUGUCACUAUCCCGCCAUAAUGCCUUUACCCUGUGAUCCAAUCACCUCCUCUUAUUGGCGGGACACAAAGCUGAGCUUUUUUUUUUUUUACACCCUGAACCUCAAUGUCACCAAAAAGGCUGGACUUUUUGUCCUGUAGGACUGUAUCAUACUUGUGUAUAUUGUACAGAUUUGUCAUUUCUUACAUCCUCUCCAUACUUACAGAAGCACUUUUGUUUAUGUGAUGAGAGGAGGAAUGGAACUACCUAUACUUUUUCUACUUACGCCAUUAAUGCCAACACCAUAAAGCGUCAACGAGUCAAAGCACAUUUUGACCAAAAAGAAUGUAGAAAAUCAGUGUCACGCUUUAUGGGUACGUUUAAAAUUUGUCGCAUAUCUGUCUGGAGAUAAGAAACACAUGGCUGCAUAUGCCGUCAUUCAAAUCAAACGUUCCCUCAACCAAAGAAGCUCCAACACCCCCCGAUACUACAAAUUUCAAGUUCCAUACCUCUUCCCAGACCCUACCUCUAUGCCCCCUAAUUUCACAAAAGAUUUGCAUCACCUUUAUUUUUUAAGCACUUGCUUUGUAUAUUAAUGUGAUAUAUGAAUAUAUGUAUCUAUUAUAAAUAUAUAUUUUACAAGGAAAUUUGAAUACCAAUGCAACAAGGAUUUUUUGAAAUGACCAUCCUUUGAGGAAUCGGAAUGAAAUUACAGUGGAACCUCGGUUUUUGUCAUGAAACGUAUGGAAAGUGAAUCCAUAAGAAAUAAUGUAAAUCUAUUUCCCAACAUAUUUUACAGAGAAUUCAUUCAUUCAUUCAUUUUCUACCGCUUUUUCCUCAUGAGGGGUGCUGGAGCCUAUCCCAGCUGUCUUUGGGCGAGAGGCGGGGUACACCCUGGACUGGUCGCCAGCCAAUCACAGGGCACAUAUAGACAAACAACCAUUCACACUCACAUUCAUACCUAUGGACAAUUUGGAGUCGCCAAUUAACCUAGCAUGUUUUUGGAAUGUGGGAGGAAACCGGAGUACCCGGAGAAAACCCACGCAUGCACGGGGAGAACAUGCCAACUCCACACAGAGAUGGCCGAGGGUGGAAUUGAACCCUGGUCUCCUAGCUGUGAGGUCUGCGCGCUAACCACUCGCCCGCCGUGCCGCCUUUACAGAGAAUAAUCUGUUAAAAAUGUAUGUUGUGUGUCUUUGUCAAAGCAUUCCCUUUGCAACCAGUGUUAAAAGUAUCUACUUUUACUGUACACCACAAUCUUAUUGUACAGAUUCCUCAAACAUUCAGAAAUACGCAGUGCGCUUGAACAGGUCAUCAGUGAAUGACUCACUGUGCUUGUUAGGUGUAAGAAAGGCACACAUUGUUCUAGUUCUAGUGUGUGUGUUCUAGAAACAAAUAAAUAAACCACACACACACACACUGAGAUAAUUGAUGGCUGGAAUCUGUCUAUAGUGUCCCAACUUCCCAGAGACCAACAUGUAACAUUUUUAGCAAUAAUUUUUGGUCAAAAAUCCACCGAAAAGCGAGGUUCCACUGUACCGUACAGCCACGUUGUCUGAUGUUGCGACAGGACCCACUCAAAAUCAAAAAACGCCUCUCUUGCUUGUUACGCUUUAGCAUUAAUCCUUUGUUAAUGCCCUGUUUACACAGAAACGGCUGUCCAGUUUGGUGAGCCAACAGCACUGAAUGGAAAACAUUUUGUUUCCUGGGGCGAGUGCCUCGUUAAUUAAAAUGUUUGGAUUUGUUUUUAACCUUUAAACCAGCCUUUAAAAAUGUGGUGGAAUUCACCAGCUGCAGGUUAUAAUAAGCCUUUAGUUUAUUUGAGCUUUAUCGACCAUAUCUGUUGUCACCAUUCACUGGCCCAAUGUAUUUAUUUCCCUCUUCUCCACAUGCCCAUCACUGUAUAAAAAGCCCACGGGAACAUAAACAGAAUGUGUACAUACUUACAACUAAAAGAUCUGCAGCUUGGAGUUUGAACUGUGAUGUAGGCAUUUGACGCUCGGGGCUAAAUGUAGUGUAAGCUGCUAAGCUGUCGUGUAAAAAUGUACAAUUACUACACACUUAUUGACAAGUUGUAGUGAUCGUCGAGAUUCAUUUUGGAUACCGGAUAAGAUUGGCUUACUGCACGUCUCCAUCAGUCUGAAUAAUAAUGUAGACAAUCACAGCAUAGAUUGGAUCGCCCCAAUUGCCUCCAUUAUUCAGUUCUCACUGCAGUGCUGCUACACAGUGAUGUGUAGCCUGCACUGGAUCCAAGUGAAACAGAAAGUAUAUGUACCAUGUUUGGCUUUUUGGCACUUGUGUAUAAAUGUAAAGCUCCCUCACCCUUGAACAACACUGUAAUGUUUAUUUCAUUGUUUGUUUGGGUUUUUUUUUUAUAUCCUCUUUUUUCGUCAAGGUGUUGUUCAGUUUCCCGCUAUACUGUGUCUUUUUUCCUAUUGACCGUGAUGACAUGUAUUUGCCUCAUAGCACCCCCCCCCCCCCCCCCCCCACCCCCCCACCCAACCUCCACGCCCCUGCUUUUCAGUGUGUAUUAAUCAGUAACGUUUGUGGUUUUGCUGAUGGUUUUAUGAAAAAUAAAAACAGGCACAGGUGAUGUGGUGUUUGAGAUGGGUAGUGGUUGGUCUGGCUGGUCAUUACCAUUGCUUCCUUUUGACAUGAAUAUGUAUGUAAUGACACUAAUGUGGAAGAUGGGAGCAUUUCAAGAUCGAAAAAGAAAUAAAAAGAAUGUUGACCCAAAUGAAAAGUCGAUUUUUUUUACUGUGCUAAAUAGCUAGACUGUGUAGACUGUGUUAGAAUUCUGACCAAAGCAGCACCGAAAUGAGUCCUGGUCCUUCAGCAAGAAGUUUGGUGAGAAAGAGAGAAUGCCUCAAAUCUUGGGAGAGAACCUCCUAGCUUCAGCCAGAACGUGGAACAUUCCUCUAGCUCCUCUUGUGGCACAUUUUAAAAAAUAUAAAAAAAAAACUGUAAUUUUAAAAGAAUAAAGUCAAAAUUCUAAGAGAAAAAAGUUGUUCUGGAACAAGAAAAACAUGUAAUUUUAUCAGUUUUAUAUGUUGGAAAAU